ACAAUGAUUGGGCCCUAGAGGAAGAUUCAAAGGCGCUCCAAUUUCUUCAGGAAACUCUUUUCCUCAGAAAGUCUAACUUGUUCUCUGUAAAAUGCAGCCGGAUUUAGUGCUUUUUACAGGUGAUUAUGGAAAUGAGAAUGUUGAACUUGUCAGAAGCAUUUCAGAUCUUCAGUUACCAAAGGCGGCAAUUCUUGGCAAUCAUGAUUGCUGGCACACACAUCAAUUCUCAGAGAAGAAAGUUGAUCGUGUUCGGCUUCAGCUCGCAAGCCUUGGUGAGCAGCAUGUUGGAUACAAAUGUCUGGACUUCCCGUCAAUUAAGCUGAGCAUUGUUGGUGGACGGCCAUUUUCCUGUGGGGGUGAUAGGCUAUUUAGACCAAAGCUUCUGUCAAAAUGUUACGGUGUUAAUGAUAUGGCUGGAAGUGCAAAGAAGAUAUACGAUGCUGCUGCAGGUGCACUAGAGGGACAUUCUGUUGUAUUGCUUGCACAUAAUGGACCAACAGGUCUAGGUUCAAGAAUGGAUGAUUUCUGUGGGCGGGAUUGGGUACCUGGUGGCGGUGACCAUGGCGAUCCAGAUCUUGAGCGAGCCAUCUCCGAUAUGCAAGGGGAAGCCAGAGUUUCCAUCCCACUGGUCGUUUUUGGUCACAUGCACAAGAGCCUAGCCUACGGGAGAGGCUUGAGGAAGAUGAUCGCCUCUGGAGCCAACCACACCAUAUAUCUGAACGGAGCAGUUGUGCCUAGAGUGAAAUUUUCCAAAACAAUUCCUAGAUAUGAGCAAAAUCAACCCGAAGGACCAGGAUCCGUAGCUCCAACAUUGCGCGCGUUCACCAUUGCGGAUCUCUCUGAAGGGCGUGUGGAGAAGAUCUCUGAGGUCUGGGUGCUGGUGAGUGGUGCCAGGACUGAGGUCGAGGAGGAAAUCGUCUUGUAUAAACAUCCUUGAGAGCAUAUGUGACGAAAAUGUAUCUGUUGUGAAUGCUGUAAAUGCGCUGGGCGAUGCUUAAGUUGUUUAGUGAAUGUUACAAACUGGCUUGUGUGCCAACUGAAAGCAGCACUUUAUUAUAGAGCCUGUAACCUAAUGUGCUUGUUUUCGUCUGUGAUGUUCUGCCAUGGCUUCUACUUUAUUAUUACUAGCAAAAUGUGCCUGUACUUCGAAAAUGUAAUUUGUUGCAUGGUCAUUUAGACAAUUUGUUACUCAGAAUUAUUUGACCAUCAUGAUUUGGUCUUGGUCAUUUAAAUAAUUUGUUACUUAGAGAUUUAUUCAA